UAAAGUCGAGGCGGGGCGAAAUUUAUCGACGGCAAGUCUCUCUCUGUCUCUCUCUCUCUCUCUGUUUGCUGUCUCCAACAUACUCGCCAACAUGCCGCAAGCAUGACAAUAAACUGGUUUAGCUGGGUGACGGGGGUUAAAUAAUGUAACAGAAAACUUUCGACGAGUCCCACCUGGACCAGAAACACGUCGCAGCGGUGAAGCAAAACAUGGUGAAGAAGGCAAGAUGACGGGCUUAAAGUUUAACCAAGGAGAAGCUUAAAGAGACAAUAACAUUUGGACUACAGUAUGGCACAUCGCUCUCAGUGUUCCUCUGCCGGGGAUAACCCCCUGGACCCUAACUACCUCCCCCCUCACUAUCGGGAAGAGUACCGCUUGGCUAUUGAUGCUCUCAUUGAGGAAGACUUGGAGGGAUACUACCAGUUUCUCCAAAAAUCAGAUGUGGUGGACUUCCUGGCCUCACCUGAGAUUGAGUUUAUCUCGAGCUCUGUUCAGGCGCCUCAGCAGAGCAACAACCCUGAACAAUAUUAUCCAGAGGAUGAAGGAGAUGGCUCCUCAGACACUUACUGGCCCAUUCACUCUGACCUGGACGCUCCAGGCUUGGACCUUGGCUGGCCUCAGAUGCACCACUUCAUUGGGCCCACAGAGGUCACCACUCUGGUCAACCCCCCUGAGCCUGACAUGCCGAGUAUCAAGGAGCAGGCCCGACGACUUAUCAAGAAUGCUCGGCAGGUGAUUGCCAUAGUGAUGGACAUGUUUACUGAUGUUGACAUACUUGCGGAUAUUCUCAAUGCUGCUAUGAGGAAUGUUGCUGUCUACAUCGUUUUGGACAAGCAGAAUGCACAUCACUUCGUCAACAUGCUGUCCAACUGCAGAGUUGAUGUACAGAACAUUCAACUUUUACGCGUGAGAACAGUGUCAGGCAUCACAUACCACUGCCGCUCAGGGAGCACCUUCACAGGUCAGAUGAUGGAUCGCUUCUUGUUGACAGACUGCAGGGCAGUGCUGAGUGGAAACUACAGCUUCAUGUGGUCUUAUGAGAAGCUACACCGCUGUAUGGCACACCUUUUUCUUGGACAGCUCGUUACGACCUUUGAUGAAGAGUUUCGGAUUCUUUUUGCUCAGUCCCAACCACUGAUUAUUGAAAACUUCUCUCCAAUGGAUGAGUUGGGCCAUUCACAAAAGAGGCAAUAUCCAAGUGACAGAACAAUGUACAGAGAUACAAAGAAGUUUCAGUCACUGGACACCGGUUAUCCAGAUGAGGGGCUAAGGCAUCCCUACAAUGAACGCAUGGAAUGGAGAAAUAUGCCCCUUAAAAGGCAGGAAUCCUUGCAAGGCCCUGCAAACGUGCACAGUAGAUAUACACCCCAGCAUCCUCGCAUGGAUCCAUCGCUUGAUCAGGGCCCUUCCAGACUGCCCAUCAUGGAAAGUCCUGCCUUCAAACGUCACAGUUAUGCUGAAGGCGCUUAUGGUAGAUACUCUUUGCCAUUCACGCAGCAACAGGGAAUGCCAGAAUCUGAGAACCUGGGAAGGCAGUUCUACAGGGGGCAGCAGCCUGGACCAGCACCAGGGAAAGAGGCAGAUUAUGGUGCAAAUGAGAAGUUCUGGAACCAAGACUUUUAUUCAGCAGAUCCUUAUAUUGAACCUGGUUUACCACCAGAGGUUGAACCAUCUGAUAACUUUGACCCUGUGCUCAACUAUUUAUCAUCUACCAGGAUUGCAGAUUUUGACAAGAGCUCAGAGAAAUCGCAACCUGUUGCAGAUUUUCCGUUUGGUUCAUCUCACCCUAGAAGAUCGAGUUUAGGCAACCCACAAGCCUAUCAAGCAUCUCCCACCCCAUCAAAUCCAACUGAUCAGAAACAGUCUUUCCAGGAACCUAUCGCUGACCGCAAGGAUCCUUUGGUGAAACGAGGGCUAAGAAACUGGAGGAUUAGCUCAUUUCUUAGUGCACAUGAUAAUCCAGAAGAGGAAGGCCUGCCAUCAGCCCCACUUAAUGCCCAGGAUCCAUUUGAAGUGCCCUCUAACCCUAUACAGCAAACAGCAGGCAUUGAUUUAUCAGUCCCAAAAAUCCCUAAUGUCAGAGAGUUUAGGGUUCCUGCAAUACCCAGGGCAAGUCAGAUGCCAAGUUAUGUCACCACAAGGGAACAGCCAAAGAAAUUGGCUGAUGUAAACACUGCAGUAGCAGCGGAGACCAAAACAACACCAACACCUUCAGAAUCAUCAUCAUCCACAACUGAAGUGGAGAAAAUAGACGAGCAAGAACAAAAGGAACCAAAAAUGUCUGGCCUUCGAAGGGAGGAGUCAUUCCGUCGGAAAUACAAUGCAGCUAUACCAAGGAGCUCUAGGCUAAGAUCCUCUUUGAUAUUCAGCUCUCUGGACCAGCAGAAUACUGCUGCAGGCGACCAACAGGGUGAGGAAGGGGACAAAGAUGAGGCAGAACAAACAACACUACCGUUUGUUUCUAAAGUUCUGGGACAAAGGAGGACUGCAAGAGAACCUUUUGAAUGGAGUCGUUACAUGAAAUCAGUCACCUCAGAUGCCACAGACCAAUCCAAACCAGAUGAUGUUAACAGUAAGCCAGAUGGUACAGAUUUAUCAAAGGAUAAAGAUUCAAAGGAUCUUUCAGAGGCACAAAAAACAUCACCACCAAUGCCCCAAUCCAAAGCUUCUGAAACUGAGAUGCCAAAAACUGAUCAACCGUUUCAGCCACCCAAUCCUCCAAAUCAUCCAUUGCAUAUAGACAUGUCUGAUCCUGAUAAUAGGCUCAUGUUUUUCAAAGAGCUGGCAGCAAAACGCAAAGCUGCUCAGGCUUCAGACACUGAAAAGAGCAAAGAGAAGGCUCCAAUGAAAACACCAAAUGAACUAAAAAGCAACACAACUGUUGAAAAAAGCACCAAAGAAACCGCAGAAAAGAUGGCUGACGCUUCUCUAUCUAAGGGUUCAUUAGAUAAAAAUGCUUCUUUCGAGGAUGCAGGGAAACCAGUAUCUACAGAAGCAUGCAAAGCAGCCAGUCUAUCUUUGGAUGCCUCCAAAAGCUGUAAACAAGAACAAACCAGAGUUGCAACUGAUUUAGAGAAGAUAGAACUAAGUAACAGCCAAACAGAAGCAACUGUGCCUGUUUCCGCAGAAACAUCACAACCUCAGAGCCAAUUAUCAAACGCACCAAAGCUGUCAAUCCCCGCUGUGAAAAUAAGUAGCCCCAGCCAUCCCCCGACACCAACAAAUGCUACUCCAGCUAGAGUUCAUUCCCUUGCACAAGGUACAGAUAAAAGCAAUAGCCUUGAUACUACCUCAAAAGAAUCUAGUUCACUCACUCCCAGUUCAGAGAAGGCCCCACCAUCUUCUGAAUUAGCUGUAUUGGGUUCUAACACCCCACACCCUGAAUCAGUUCAGUUAGAAACCAGCAUCUCUUCUGACAAAUCAGGCCAAAGCUCAUUGUCUGAACAAAUUCAGCCAUCUACUGGUUCACAGAUCAGUCCGAUUCCUUCUUCGUCCGGCUGUGCUCUGUCUCCCACUUCCACAGAAUCCAUAUUUUCUAGUGUUACCCCGAAAGACUCCAGCUCAACAGUAACUCCCAGCAUAUUGUCCCCUAAUGCACAGGGAUCUGUCAGCCCUUCCCCACCAGCGCCCUCCCAAUUGACGUCAUCUGAUACCCUUUCAGCAACUGACUCUAUGGAAUCUGACAUUUCUUCUGAUACAUGUGCUGCUGGUUCAGAGCAAAACAAACCCUCACUACAGUCCCAUACAAAGACAGACUCUGGAGAAUCAAGUGCUCCUACACCUUCAGAAAAAGUUGUCCCAGAACCAGAAAACAACUCUGUUCCUAAGGGUGUUUUAAAGCAAUCUGAGGUUCUUGAAUCACCCGACGAUGUGAGAGCUGAUAGCACACCACCUUGCCCUUCAUUGUCGAAAACCUGUCUACCUAAUGUAUCUGCCAUAGAGAGUAAAUCCAAAUCUGUUCAAAAUGAGACUAUUACUCCUUCCCCCUCCCAGGCAGACCCUCCACCCAACCAUUGUCCAGCAGGACCAAGCCCUCCUGUCAACCCAGACUCUACUACUAACGCUUCAGUAAAACAAGCAAUCCCUCCAUCAAAACUUAACCUGAAAGGUUCUGUCACCCCUCUUGAAACAGAAUCAUCUUCAUCUCCUUCUUCUCUGUCACCUGAGGCGGAAAAAACUGUUGAAAAGCAAUCUGAGGUUCUUGGAUCAUCAGACAAUGUCAAAUUUGAUAGCAAACUUGCUAGCCUUAGCCCUUCAUCGCCUGGAACAUAUCUACCUAGUGUAUCUGACCUAGAGAGUAAAUCCAAAUCUGGUCUAAUUGAGACUAAUACUGCUUCCCCCACCCCAGCAGACCCUCUACCCAACCAUUAUCCAGUAGAAACAAGCUCUCCUGUCAACCCACACUCCACUAAUAAUGCUUCCCAGUCAGAAAGACAAGCGACCCCUCCCUCCAAACUCAACAUGACAAGUUCUGUCACUUUGAAUCCUCCUGAAACAGAAUCAUCUUCAUCUCCUUCUCCUCUGUCACCUGAGGCUGAAACAACAAAGAGUGUUGGAAAGGAAUCGAAGGUUCUUGGAUCAUCAGAGGAUGUCAAAGCUGAAAGCACGCUUGCUAGCCCUAGCCCUUUAUUGCCUGAAACAUGUCAAGUAUCAGAUCUAAAAAGCAACCCUUCAGAGCAAAAUGUACCUGCUAAAAAUAUUUAUACGGACAAUCAGAAAGAAGCAAUCAAAGAGACAGAAAAGACUGACCCUGUUGCGAAGAAAACUGAUGAUACCGAGGCAACAAAUAAGGUCAAUAAAAUGAGUACACAGGAAUCGGUUGGUAAUGAAAAAACAAAUGAAGUUAGCCAAAACAACUGCUCUGAACCGCAUGAGAGCACACCAGAUGUUCCUUCGUCACCACAGUCCAAGCAGCCAAAAUCUGGCCAGUCUCGCUUCCAGUCAUCAACAGCCAACGUGAUCUCAAGCAGCAACCUCAGAGAUGAUACUAAGCUGCUUCUAGGGCAGAUUUCUGCCAAUAGCCAAAGCAGGAACGAGGCUGCCCAAGAGGCUCCUGUCACUGAUGAUGAGAAAGAAGACAAAGCCGACAAAAAUGCCAAAAGGGAGAAAGAAAUAGGUAUCAGGUCUCUUAACAGAGGGCAGCCUAAGUCAGUUGAGGAGCGUGACAAGCUGUUGGAGAAGAUUACACAUAUGAGGAAGGAGAGGAAAGUUUACAGCCGAUUUGAGAUGGCACCUUAAAUGGAAUCAGAAGAAAUGUGUACGAUAAACAGCGUAAAAAGUGUGUGUAGAAAGAAAAAUAUUAGAUUUUAAAGCUGAAAUGAUGACCAAGACACUUUCCGACCAAAGACACUUUUGUUUGUUUUCUGCAAAAAAAGCAUAUUAUGCAAACCGGCAGGGGACCUUGAGGUGUCACUGAACUUUGAAUGGUAAAACCUGAUGUUCCAAUUAUGUGCCAUGGCAAACAAAGAGUUUACCAAGGUAUGAAAUGGGGCUACGUGUGUGUAAUUGGAUGAUGAUGAAUGAUGUGUUUUUACUGACUGCAUGGGUGAAGUGCAAUGUUUGCAACAGGAUCUGUGAUGACAUCUGUCCUUGCUUUUUUAACAGCACUGACAGCCAUUACUUUAAAGUAAGAUGAUUUUAAGAAAGCAUGUCACCUAAAAGUUGAAUAGAUGAUCUUUAUAGUCAGAGUCUGUAAUAUACUGUAUUUUAUAUUGUGGUUUUUCACUAUCAUAUUAAACAAAAAGGUAGAUUUUUAUUUGGGUUUGUGAAACUUGUAAAUAAAUACAUUCAUAUCCAUGCAGGACUCUUGUUUCAGGGGAAAUACAUUGGAACUUUAAGCCUUUGUAAUCUGAAUCAAUCAAUGGAAUUUUAAAAUAAUGAAGAGAGAGAAAGACAGAAUAGCAAUGUUUUGCAUUCCUUUCUUUUGACUAGUAGGAGUCAUUGAGCUCUAUCUUCCAAGCUGCACCUGGUUCCCUUAAAGGGCCGGUUCACCUAAUUGACCAUUAAUAAUUCUUUAACAAACGAACAAAAAGUUAAAAUAUGUUUUAUUUUUGGAAUUUCCUUUUUCGCUGUGUAAAGCCAAAGCUACAUGCAUGCCUACAUUCCACUGGGGUGAGUGACUACAUAUGGUGUUAUCUUAUGUAAUAUGCUGGAACCAACCCUCUUUUAUCUCUGAAAAUGUGCUGUUUUUCAAGGAAAACGUGUCAUACCUGUACACUGAAGCAAGAAAAUCUGAAACUGCAAAGACUACACGACAGUAUGUUAAAUGGUGCCUUGAAAAACUAGAUUUAUUGAGUCUGUCUUCAGCAGCACUUGCCCUUUGUAAAUAAAAUUUCUUAAAAUUG